AUAAGGAAGCCAUGUCCAUAGAUGGCUGUGGUUUCCUGAGGCAGGGCCAGUGAGUGUGACUGUGAGUGUGCAUUGCCCUCCCUCCUGCAGCAAUCAAUGAGAGCAGCCCUGAGACUGCUGGCUGCACAGGGUCUGCAGCAGGGCUGGUGAGGGGCUAGUAUUCUGCCAGCCAGGGGCCCCUGCAUGCUACCAGCUGGGCUGAUCGGAUGUGGCCCCCAAUCUGCCCCUGUAUCAAGGAUGGGCACAGCUGUAUCCAAGAGGAAGGCUCUGAGGAAUGACCCCAUCUCCAACGUAGCAGCUAAAGUUCGAGCAGCGAGGGCUUUUGGAGAGUACCUGUCUCAGACCCAUCCUGACAGCCAGAACGGAUCAGAUCACCUCCUUGUCCAAGAGGACUCUCCGGAAAUGCUACAAGCAUCUCAGAAUAAGCGUCGUCUUUCCGCCAUUUCAGACAACAAGCUUGAAAGGAGCUUCUCGGAGGAGCACAGAGAGACACUGCCCAGUGACGGGACCAAACCUCGCGUCUACACCAUCUCCGGCGAGACCACCAUGCUUUCCGACCAAGAGAGCGGCAGCAUGGAGCUGGUGGUGAUGAAGGAUAAUCGUCAUCAUCAUCACUCCCAUCACCAUCAGCCCUUGCAGAACUCAGGCAGCGCACAUAACAUCACCAGGCCAUCAAAAAGCUGGUCGGGCAGCCGGCAGAACUCGAAGGAGUGCCCGAACUGCGCCAGACUGACCGUGCCAACGCAACACUCCUUUGAUCUCGAGCAACACCAAGCCAACGAGUCUGGAUGGCGCAGGAAGAAGCUGGAACGCAUGUACAGCAUCGACAGGGUGUCUGAUGACGUUCCCAUCCGUACUUGGUUUCCUAAAGAAAAUCUUUUCACCUUUCAAACUGCGACGACAACUAUGCAAGCUAUCUCGGCUUUCCGAGGCUAUGCCGAGAGGAAGAGGAGGAAGAGAGAAAAUGACUCAGCUGCUGUAAUACAGAGGAAUUUUCGCAAACAUUUACGAAUGGUUGGAAGUCGAAGAAUGAAAGCGCAGAGCUUUGCAGAUCGCAGAGAAAGGAGCUUUAGUCGAUCCUGGAGUGAUCCAACGCCAGUAAAAGCCGACUCCAUUCACGAUUCAGGAGAAAGCCAUGAUUUGCAGACAUCGUGCACCACGCUCGACGAGCAAUGCGAGGACCUGAACUGGGAGGCCGAACGCGAGCUGGAGAUUCUGUCGUGUGAUGGGGAAGACUUUAUUCCACCCAAGAUUAUGCUAAUUUCAUCCAAAGUUCCAAAAGCUGAAUACAUUCCGACAAUAAUCCGAAGAGACGACCCAUCCAUCAUUCCCAUUCUCUAUGACCACGAACAUGCAACAUUUGAAGACAUUCUAGAGGAGAUCGAGAAGAAACUCAAUGUCUACCGAAAGGGAUGCAAAAUUUGGGAGAUGCUCAUAUUUUGCCAGGGAGGUCCCGGGUAUUUGUACUUGUUAAAAAAUAAAGUUGCAACUUUUGCCAAAGUGGAAAAAGAAGAGGAUCUUAUAUUGUUCUGGAGACGGCUGAGCAGACUAAUGAGCAAAAUGAACCCCGACCCCAAUGUAAUCCAUAUUAUGGGGUGCUACGUACUAGGAAAUCCCAACGGGGAGAAGCUUUUUCAGAAUCUGAAGAACCUUAUGAGCCCCCAUCACAUUGAAUUCAAAUCACCUCUUGAGCUUUCGGCACAAGGUAAGCAGCUGAUAGAGACCUACUUUGAUUUUCGUCUCUACCGUCUGUGGAAAACUCGCCAGCACUCCAAACUGCUAGAUUACGACGACAUUUUAUGAGCCUACGGAGAUCCCACAUUGAAUGGGAAUGGUGUUUCAACUUGACCACUUUUUGAAAAAAGUUUGCUGGGGGAUGAAUGAGCCCACCAAAAGGGAUCUUCCAAAAUGGAGAAGAUAGGACCCGAUGAGAAGGAAGGAGAAGAGAGUGGAGUUAAUCUACUUGCCAGGGGUUGACCUCGGAAGUAAAGUUGGAGAGAAGUUUCGGAGUCAGAAGAUGGAGAAUAUGUUACAGAUGGGAAGUCUCUGCUGUACUGGGCUUCACCACUUCAGGGCAAAAUACAAAUAGAUACCAGGGCCCUAUAUUUUAAGGUCCUUGUAAGACUUAAGCUCAGGUUUUCUUAAGACAAUAAUAUUAAUAAUUCUUGCACUAAUUGGCAAGGAGUCCGACUAGCCUUUAAAUAUCACAGUGGACCUUUUUUUUUGGUAGCAAAAUCCAGGUGACUUUUAUAUAUUUACUUCACAUUACGGAUUGAAGACCAAGCUCACGAGCCUGGAGACUCGCGUUAUCAUAGCCAAUGGUGCGAUCUGUACGUGACUACACCUAGAUAUAGCUAUACACACACACAUAUAUAUAUAUAUCUCCGUAGGGGCCUAGUAACAUUUUGUGGAUUUUCAUCUAGACAAUAAGUGCAAUUUAUUAUUUAUUUUUAGAGGUUCUAAUAGUAGAUUUAAUAGUUAACAUUAAUACCGUGCAGACGUGUUUAUUUUGGUUUUAACUGCUCUGCACUGUUAGGAGUUAAACAGCAGUAAUGGGGGAUAUGAUCUGCAGCGAUUUAAAAAUCACCAGCAACCAGCUGCAGAACUCACGACACAGAUCGUGUUUUGGACGGGGUAAGAGGUUAAAAAAUUAGCUGCUGAUAAACCAAAUGUUUUAUUGCCUAUUAUAAAAAAUCCUUAAUCCUGUAGGAUGCUUUUUGCGGUUCCCGAACUCACCUAAUCUCUACUAUCUACUUACAAAGUGUCCAUAUUGAUUAUAGGUGUGUUUAAUAGACUUUAGUAGAGCCUACAAUAUACUAUGCUAGACUUUAUAUCAUAUCUAAUUUAUAAGAUGUAAGAAUGUGUGUAUAUCUAAUUUAUAUAUACAUAUAUCUAUACACACAGUGUACAAAACUGCUAAUUAUUUAUUUACAUACGCAGUGACCUUGACGUGACUAGUCAUAUUAAAUGGGUGCCAUUUUAUUUUCCACUAUGCUGGGGGUCAUAGGUUAGGUCUUAUAUAUAAUAUAAUUGAAUUAUAGGCCUGCAGUCUUCUGAUGUUGUGGUGGGAACAAGCCAGCGCUCACCUUCCUCCCCCCUCCCUCCACCCUGUCCACUAGAGACCCCUAAUAAGACUAUGCCAUUGAUAUUGAUCUAUUUUGUAUUAUUCCUAGCUGUGCAGGGAAUAUAUAUAUAUGUAUAUAUAUUCAUAUUUUAAUGUGUCCAUUUGUAUUAAUACCACUAAGGUGUCUUUGACAAGCCUGUGGGGUCUAGAAUGCAAACUAUGUUUACCCAAUAAUACCAUCAGAACACAACGUGUUUAUGGACCCCAGUUUUUGCUUGAUUUUGGGUCCAAAACACACUAUUUAAUCAUCCUCCAUCAAGCAGCACUUGUUCCUACUCCACAAGCAAUUUUAUACAUCGUAACGCGUACUGUGUCACAGUUUAAGUUAUCCUGUGCUGUCGUCCCCCCUUGUAGAGGGUGUUCGUUAUAUGCUUUAAGAGCUAGGACUGCAUCAGAAGUAUUCAUGCAACAGAAGAUUUGUUUUUUAAACUCUUACAGUAACUGUAGCAUAUUUUUCUUGGCAGACAUUAUCUCAAAACCCCAUUAAAUUCUAAAAUGCACAAGAAAUAUAAUUAGUUAUGUAAUUAACUUGGAAUAUAUCAGAACAUGCUACAAUUUGUUGGUGACCCACCAGUGGAUUUCUCAAUAACAUGCCCGGAGACCAACAUAUUUAAUCUAAAUUUGAGAUUUAAACACAACCCGUCUCAUUGGGUAGAACCUCUGUCAUUCCAUCCAGUGCCUUUAGCCCCAGUCGAGGCUGGCUCGCCAAUAACAACUUAUGAAUAUUCAAAUCUUUUAAGGUGUUUAUUUUCUUUUUGUAUCACAGUUUGCUUGUAACAUACGCAAUGAAAUGAAAAGUAAAUCACAGCAUUUGCAUUCGAAUACAUUUCUAACCUUUUGAAAUUGAUGCGUUGUUCUUCUCUCGACAAAGAGAGCUAAUUAAAAGAUAAAUAAACAGGAUUAAUUAUUGUAGGAUGUGGGGAAAUAGUUGUAAAGAUUUUAGGUCCAUUUUAGCCACUUUUGUUUUUCAAUUUACAUGACGACUUCUAGAUAACUAACUUGUAUAGAUAACUUAAACUAUACAUUGUAUAGAUUAUUAGUGCUAAAUAUUUGUAGACACACUAACUGUUGAAUAGGAUAUUCAUUUUAAAGAAUAAAACUAUUUGCUGAAUAUAUUAAAUACAUUAAACUAACAUUUUAUAGGCUAAUAUAUCCUUAAUGUAUAGAAUAGCUUUGAUUGGAUUUAGCAUACAUUAACGUAUGUUAAUUAAUGGGAGAAAAAGUUGUUUAUAAAUGUCCAGGUAUUCAAAAGAUAUACACCAUUUUACCAAAUACAUUAAAACAGGAUUAUAGUAAAAAAAAAAAAAAAAAUGUGCAAAAUAAGGUUAAUGAAAAAUGAAAUCGCGUGACUUCCAGAAAAUGUCUAGAAAUAUUUUCUUUGAUGAGAUAAUGUAUGGAGAUUUAUUUAUCUUUGAGAACAGUUUACUUGUACAGAUAUAUGCAGUGAAAUUGGGGAUUGUAAAGGGGUAUGUGGGUCAAUCGAUUAAAUAGUGUAUGACUGUUAAAAACCAAAUCCAAUUAACUCACUUACGUAGUGUUGAGAGACCUUUAAAAAAAAAAAGAAAACGUUCGGCACCAAUUCUACGGAAUUCCUUGUUUGAUGCAGCGUGAAAUGUAUCCUGUGUUAAAUUGUCGGAAGGUUGGACAGCUAUUUAUAAUUCAGAAAGAAAUAUUGAAUUUCUAGAUUAACCUUCUCUGUGCGUGUUUUAAAGAUUAUAGGUCACUAUAGAGUGAUUGACAUGGAAACGCUGAAUACUUUUAAUGAAAGGUAAUCAUUUUAUUAACUGUGUGAAAUUAAGAGCACAGGCAUCUAAGAGAUUAGUUGCAUUACCUUAUCUUUAAAUAGUUUAAUUUAGUUCCUACUUCAUCAGUCGACAAAAGGUCUCAACUUUACACUACGCUUUUCUUGAUUACUCUUAAUAAUCAAAAAGAGAGUUUGUAGCUCAUGUGCACUAAGGGAAUAUGCAGAUUAAAUUUCAUGUUGUGAUUAAAUGAUAAAAGGAAUGAUUUCUUGUUAAAAUCUUUUUGGACUCUUGUUACUGUGCGGUCAGAGAAGAGACUGGAGAUACCGUUAUUAGAAUUGGACACACAAGCAUAAACUUGCCAGCGUUCUCAAACUCAAUUUGGCAAUUUGCCAGAUCAUUUUAUAUUGUGCUCUGUGUAGGCAGUCUGAUUGCCACGAGUUUUUAUUUUUUAUUUAUUUUGUGUGUGUGUGUGUGUGUGUGUGUGUGUGUGUGUGUAAUAUCCGCUGGUGCAAUAAGAACUGAGACUUUGUUGUAAGGUAAACUUGCUGGGGUCAUUCUGGAAGCCACUAGGCGAUGUAAGCCCGACGCAUUUCAAAGCACUGAAUAAUUACAGUUUUUCUCACCAUUUGGGGAUUUGAGCUCAGCUUCUUCCCUGUAUAGAACCACCAUAUCACCUACGUACGCCGCACCUGCUAUAACCUUUUAUCUUGCUAUACAAAACGAAGACACUGACAUCUGCGUAGGUUAAUAACGUAAAAUGCUCUGAUUUUAUGUCGUGUGGAAAGCCUUUUACAGUUUGUAUUUUUUAAAAUCUUUCCAAAGUGCAAAAUAGCCAUGUGUUUCUGGAUGACAGAACAGUGAAAGAAAAAUUCUUGUUCAGUCAUUUCCUAAUAAAAAAUAUUAAAUAAAAUUUACCUCGUUAA